AAUGUUCUAUGUUAACACUCAUUAUCAGCACUGAAAUUAGAUCGCGGCGAUGCCGAGUUUAUCUAUAUUGAUGCUGUUUUGUUGUUUACUGUACAAGAUACAUCCAAUAAGUGGGGACUACACAUGCAUAUGCAACAAUGGUAAUUUGCCAAAGAACAUAUUCAAAUCCCAAACAGGCGACAGUGAUGUCCUAGGAUACCUGAAAGUUGGUUUCUGUAAAGCAAAUCAUACUGUUACCAAUGGACUGUGGCUGUCGGUAUUGUAUCAGCAUCAGGUCGGAUAUAUACAAAAUGACUCAACCAUUCACAUUUUAAAAUGUGUUGGCGAUCCAAGAAAAGAAGACGCAUUGACAACACCUGUCCCACGUACAACUGCAGAACCAAUUAUAUCUACAGUCGGCAGAUCCGAAACGACUGACACUACUAUGUUGUCAUCGACAUCAGAUUAUAAAGAAAGUAACACUGACAACAAAACCACAACUUCUGAGGCAGUAGAUGUGACUAUACCUCGGCCUUACACAAGUAUAGUAUCAACAGAUAUUAUCUCAAGUAUAACGGAAGCAACAAAAAGGCCCGCUUCUCCGACAUCAACAUCAGUUGUUUUGACCUCCACAGUUUACAGCGGAUCUGACAAAACAAAUUUUAUAACAACUGUUAAAACGAUGCAAGAAAAUAGUUCCGGAAUACCACACACUACUAUUUCAAAUAAACUGCAUAAUUCAACUUCUGUUUUACUAGGUAAAUAA